AUGAGAACACAACUUCAACCCGAGCCGUGCAUAUCCCUUCCUGACGCUUCUCCAACCCCACAAGCCCAACUCUUGUCCAACUCUUUAGAAUCCCCAACGGGUAGCGGCACUUCUGCCCCCUUCGCCGCUCCCCCCGCUCGCCGGGCUAGGAGCAGCAGCGCUGGCCCCCCGAGCGACGACCAGCAGCACAAAUUCGACCCGGUGGCGGCCAGCAGAGGGGACGGGCAACACGGCCCCGGGGCGGAGACGGAGACACAUGAUAUUAUUCGGCAUGCCGACGCUCCUCGGUCGAUAGCUAGUGAAAACGCCGGUUCUGCUUCCAUCCUCCCCGAAACCCGAGCCUGUGAAAGACAAGGAGCAGGCCCGUGUGCUUCGACGAGAAACUCUCCAGGCCGCCGCCCCUCAGGCAAGAGAGGCUCAGUGACGGACACAGCCGCAGUACGCCCUUCCGGAUCACCGAACAAGAAACCGCGGUUAGCAGUUCCGGGAACCCUUCCAUUGCCAACUUUCGAAAGGGGCAGGUUGCCCGAUCUGCCUGUCAUAGCAUCUCCGCUCUUUUUCUCCAGCUCCCCGAGGCACGCCUUCAACCGUACGAAGACUCUCCCUAACCCAGAGGUCAUACCGCUCACAAUGGGCGACCAUCAACCACAUGGCGAUGGGGUAACUACCACCCGCUUGCCCAAGAGCCAGAUUAGUGUUACGAGCCCAGGGCUAUCUUCCGGAAUGCCACGAAGCCGGUCGUCAAUGGAACUUUCCAGUCUCUCAAGCAGUUCAGACGGCUGCCCUCAACCUUCAGUUGUCCAGCUCCUAGGGAUUGGGGUGGUUGAGCUCUUGGAGCAGGACGAGCGGCCGACAUUUAUUCUCGACCUCAAAGACUCGGCACAUCUGUAUGCUGGCCCUUUGCACAUUCUCUACGCUAACUUCGCGUUAAGAACGGCAGCGGGCCUCCUCAACCUGCUACAUCUCGAUGCCACCAAACUUCACCAGGGCCACGAUUAUGCCGAAUUUAAGGGCUGGGCGACCAGUUUGACACAGGAUGUAAAGGCCCCAAAUGCCCCGGCUUCGUCCCUUACCUAUGCCGGGGUUCCAUGGACGUGCUCAACGCUUGGAAAACGCUUUCGGGUUAUUCGGGGCUACAGAAUCGCCGCUUUCGAUCCGCCAGCACUCACAACAAAGGCACAAAUCCCACCGCCCUCGCCAGACUCGGAAGGCGUGUUCAAUGGACCAUGGGCGAGCCAGAGACCAGAGUCUCCCCGGGAACCUCGCGACUACUUUGGGCAAACGGCGCUGGCGCAGGUCCGAUCCCACUCGGAGCCUCGGAGCAGAGCCGAGUCGACGACUGACACCAUCAUCCACCCAUUUGAUGAUUUGGCCCUUUCCUCUCCAUUGCGUACAACAUUCGAUUGGACACAGAUCCCCAUCGACGACCCGAAUCUAUCCGCUCAUCAUCGGUUUGCCCGUUCGAUCGACUGGGCUUCCACUCCGCUCGGGCCCAUCGAAUCGUGGCCGGCUGAAUUGCGAAUCAUGUCUUCUAUGAUCAUGGGCAGCCCAUACCCCGCGUCUCUCCAUUGGGGCCCAGAUUACGUUGCUAUGUACAAUGAAGCGUACAUUACGCUUGCCGGUCGGAAACAUCCUAGUUUAAUGGGAACUCGGUAUCGAGACGCAUGGCCCGAGAUAUGGGACGAGAUUGGGCCAGUCUUUGAUGCCGCUUGGAACAGUGGGCAUGCUACCAUGAAACACGACGACCCUUUGUUCAUUUUACGCCACGGAUUCUCCGAGGAAACCUUCUUCGACUGGGCCGUAAUCCCAUUGGUUGGCGGUAACGGUGAUGUGGUGGCUAUCUACAACCCUGCGUUCGAGAACACCCGCCGGAGGAUUGUUGAACGGAGAAUGCUCGCACUCCGCGAGGUUGGCAUCAAGACAUCAGAAGCGCGUGAUGUCAAGAGCUUUUGGUCCCAGGUCUCCAAGGGUCUAGAGUGUCAUCCAAAAGAUGUCCCGUUUGCUCUGGUUUACUCUGUCGGCGAGGACAACGAGAGCGACAUCGCGUCACUGCAGUCGGGGAACCUGGCUCACCCGCCGAAGAUUGUGCUUGAAGGCUCCAUCGGUGUGCCCGAUGGGCAUCCAUGCGCUACGCCGUUGAUCGACUUACGGUGCAGUGAUGAAGGGUUCGCUCCGUACAUGAGAGAAGCCAUGGCCUGCCCUACUACCCCGGUUGUCCUCAGUGAGGCUGACGGUACCCUCCCAACCGAACUCAUUCAGGGGCUUCAGUGGGUAGGAUUCGGCGACGCCUGUCGCAACAUCGUCGUCUUUCCAGUUUACCCUACAACAGCUGGAGAUAUGGCGGUCGGGUUCAUCGUGUUGGGGAUCAAUCCGCGAAGGCCGUACGAUGAGGAUUAUGAAUUGUUCGUCAACCUCCUUUCACGGCAGUUGGCCACGUCUUUAGCGUCGGUGGUUUUGUUCGAAGAAGAGAUCAGGCGCGGCCAAAUGGCCGCUCGUCUUGCCGCCCUUGAUCGGCAAGAACUCUCGAUGCAGCUCCAUCUGCGAACCCAAGAAGCCAUGGAGAGUGAGUACCGCUUCACGCGAAUGGCCGAGUUUGGCCCUGUUGGUUUGUUCAUUGCCGACGGUCAUGGGCGCAUCAACUACUGCAACGAGAUGUGGUACAAGAUUUCUGGGCUUUCGAGGGGGGCCAACACAUUCGCAGCGUGGAUGCAGAGUAUCCGGCGUGAGGACCGCCUACCGACAGAACUCGCGUGGCGUCGUGUCGUUGAGGAGAAGGUUGCAGUUACGCAUGAGUUCCGGUUCAACAAUGCGACCGAGCUUGGGGACGGCCAUGCGGUAGAUUUAUGGGCCCUCAUGAGUGCGUAUCCCGAGAAGGACGAAAAGGGGGAGCUGAAAAGCAUAUUUGGCUGCAUCACCGAUAUUUCGCAGCAGAAAUGGGCCGAGCGCGUUCAGAAACAACACCGCGACGAGGCCGUUGAACUGAAGCGCCAACAAGAAAAUUUCAUCGACAUAACGAGCCACGAGAUGCGGAAUCCCCUCAGCGCCAUCGUCCAAUGCGCCGAAGAGAUAUCGUCUACCCUGAUUCGAUGCACAGAAGAAGGGAUGGGGGUCGAGACCCCUGGCGGUGUGGCCGCUCUAAUCGAGAGCUGUGUGAAGGCGGCCGGUAUUAUCACGCACUGCGUUGACCAUCAACAACGGAUCAUGGACGACAUCUUGCUUCUGUCGAAGCUUGAUUCGAAUCUUGUGCUCGUGAAGCCCGCCGAUGUUCAGCCCAUCACGGUGGCCGAGAGUGUCCUGAAAAUGUUCAAAACAGAGCUCAGUUACCACGGCAUCGAGAGUCAAAUAGUCAUUGACCAGUCGUACCGCGACCUCGCUGUCAACUACGUGAAACUGGACCCGUCACGGCUGCUUCAGGUCCUUACCAACCUCAUGACCAACGCCAUCAGGGUCACUCAGGCAGAGACAUCACGGUCCAUUGUCAUCAGUGUCGGCGCAUCCAAGGACAUCUCGGACUACGACUUCCCCUACAUUUCGCCUCACCAUGAACACCAGGAGGAUGUCACCGAUGACCCCAGCUGGACCGACGGCGAAAAGGUCAACCUCCACUUCUCCAUCACUGACACUGGGCCGGGACUCAACGAGGACGACGCCCGAAUCCUAUUUUUGCAAGGUAGCCAAGGAGGUCCGCGAACCCAUUCAACAUACGGCGGCCAGGGUCUGGGCCUCUUCAUCUGCCGCACCUUGAUCGAACUGCAAGGCGGUCAAGUUGCGGUACAGUCCACCGCGGGCCAAGGGAGCACAUUUGCGUUUUAUAUCAAAAGCCGGAGGUCGGACCGCCCUGUGGCCGACUCACCACUCCACACGCCCAUACCGACAAUACCCCCGUCCCUACAGGACUCUCUGGCAGAUGAAGCGCCAUCCCCAGCCCAGCCGGCCAUACCAGCCAUUGACGCUACCCACGUACCACUACCCGAGUCUCCCAGUUUGUUUUCGUCUCAUACUUCCUGCCUCGAUGUCUUAAUAGUCGAAGACAACCUUGUGAACCAGAAGGUUCUCAAGCGACAGCUAGAUCUCGCCGGGAGCACAACAUACGUUGCCAAUCACGGCGGUGAAGCCCUUGCCGAGUUGCAGAGCUCUCGCUUUUGGAACCAUAGCGCGGACAGCAAAGACAACCCCGACGUGCUAGGCUCGUUGGAACUGAAAUCAUGGAAGAAUAUCUCGGUGAUCUUGAUGGAUCUGGAGAUGCCUGUCAUGGAUGGAAUCAGCUGCACCCGCAAGAUCCGCGAACUUGAAGCGGCAGGAAUUAUCACACAUCAUAUCCCAAUCAUCGCUGUCACGGCGUAUGCCCGGCCAGAACAAGUAGCCAGCGCGAAGGCCGCGGGUGUUGAUGGAGUGAUAUUUAAACCUUUCCGCAUGUCCGACCUAAUCCCCAAGAUGCGAGAGUUAGUACUAAAGUCCAUCAUGGUGCCGGAAUCUCGCUAG